UGUGUACAGCGCCUUAUCCAUUUUGCUGAAGUGGUCCCUUCUUGCUUAGUCCAUUGUCACUGACUGCUCUCAAAUGUGUGGAUUUUUCAGAAACUCUGCUCUCCGUUCGUCGCUCCAACUCCGACGAUGGCUACUCUCUCCCCAACAGCCCCUUCUCAGCUAUGCUGGUGCAAGAGCUCGACGUUCUUGGCUUCUCCGUUGCUCGCGCCGAUGACCCAGAAGUUGGCGGCGCCCCCGGCAGCUAAGGGGAGGUCGGCGGCGGAUGCGAGGGGAGUGAGGUGCCAGGCGACGUCUGUGCCGGCGGACAGAGUGCCCGACAUGGGGAAGAGGCAGCUCAUGAACCUGCUCCUGCUCGGCACCAUCUCCCUCCCCACUGCUGCCAUGCUGAUUCCUUACGGAGCGUUCUUCGUCCCGCCGGGCAAACGAGGUGCUAAUGACGGGACCAUUGCGAAGGAUGCAAUCGGGAAUGAUGUCAUCGCUGCUGAAUGGCUGAAGACUCAUGGCCCUGGAGACAGAACCCUAACCCAAGGAUUGAAGUUUCAGGGAGAUCCUACAUACCUUGUGGUGGAGAAAGACAGAACUCUGGCGACAUAUGCAAUCAACGGGGUGUGCACGCAUUUGGGCUGUGUUGUCCCAUGGAAUGCGGCCGAGAAUAAGUUCAUCUGCCCUUGCCACGGUUCCCAGUACAAUGACCAAGGCCGAGUUGUUCGGGGCCCCGCACCUCUGUCCCUGGCAUUGGCUCAUUGUGACAUAGACGACGGGAAGGUGGUGUUCGUUCCAUGGACCGAGACGGACUUCAGAACUGGGGAUGCUCCAUGGUGGGCCUGAUCGAAGUCGAACAUUGUCUCAUCAGUUUCCUCCAUAAGAAGAUACACGCCUGAGAGGCUAUACAAUGGAUGUUCAUAGACCUGUCAUAGAUUAUACCUAGAUCAUGCUCAUAUAGACCAAAUAAGAGAGGCACUGCUGAGAAAUGGGUUACUGACAAUCGAAAAACUGUUUAGGAUGUACAUAUUCACUCCGGCUUUGCCCCGUUGUUCGAUAGAUACAUAUGCAUAGUGUUCACUACUGGAUGUCCAAAAUCCUCUACCGUAGUUUCUGGCUGUGCUUCUAGUUACUCUGUCAUUUUAUUCGGGAAGGAGAGGGAUUCAUCGUCAUUCCUAGAGGUUCUUACCUCAUUUUAUUCUCGAAUCAAGGAUAUGGCGCAUAGUUACAAUGAA